AGCAGCCAGCCAGCCCAGCCCAGCCCAGCCCUUCUCUGGUGCCUGCUGCUGUGGUCCUCUCCCAGAGAGUGGGGGGCCUUCCUCCAUCUGCCCCAUGAGGAAAAGAGCAGUGGAGGACCAUGGAAAGGGAUCCAGAGAAAGAAGGAAACACCAAGUCCCAGGGGCAUGAGCUGGAAGGGAGGGCUGCUCCUCCCAGGGGAGGCUGGCGACUGAGAGCUGCCACCAACAGUGGAAAAGGAGGGAGCUGGGCAAGACCCAGCAUUGUUAGUAACCAGCUCUGUGGCCUUGAGUUGACCUCAUUGAUUCUCAGUCUCCUCACUUGGAAAAGGGCAAAACAGCCACGUGCAGGCCGUGGUGGGCACCUGGGCUGUCUGCAGAUAGCUUGGCUCAUUGCUGGUCCUCAGUACACAGCCCUCAUAGCCAAGCAGCCUGAGCCUACACUCUGGGCCCAGGGGAGUGACUGUCGCUGGCAUCCCCUAGAGUAACAGGCUCCAGGAGUCAAAGAUUCCUUAGCUGGAAAGGUCUAGAAAGAGACUCCCGCUCUGCUCCCUCCUGCACCAGCGCUGUGUCCCCCAACGGCCAGGCAAGGCCGUUGGAUGCCGCUGGCCCGCUCACUGAGGAUCUGUUGGCUUCAGCGAGUGGAAGGACCUGCUCGGCUGGAACUUUUUUUUCCCCUCCCAGACGACGUCCGAUGGGUGUGUCGCGCAGGAGGUGAUAUUUGACGGGCUGCGCGCGGGCGAGCUGCCGCGGAGUGCCCAGCAGGGGCUGACAGCAUGGCCUCGCCCGACCCGCCGGUCACCAGCUACGCCCCGUCCGACGUGCCCUCGGGGAUCGCGCUGCUCGUCACCAUCCCUUUCGCCUUCUUCCUGCCGGAGCUGAUAUUUGGGUUCUUGGUCUGGACCCUGGUAGCUGCCACCCACGUAGUAUUCCCAUUGCUGCAAGGAUGGGUGAUGUAUGUCUCACUCACCUCGUUUCUCAUCUCCUUGAUGUUCCUGUUGUCUUACUUGCUUGGAUUUUACAACAGAUUUGAAUCCUGGAGAGUUCUGGACAGCCUGUACCACGGAACCACUGGCAUCCUGUACAUGAGUGCUGCCGUCCUACAAGUACAUGCCACGAUUGUUUCUGAGGGCGUGGACCCGAGAAUUUACUACAUUAACACGGCAGCCUCGGUGAGUGGGCUGGCCACGGACAGCAGUCUUGGCUAG